CACAUUUUAAAGCACCCGUGGGAAAAUUCUCAUCAUGGCUUCUGCAGUUACCACAAAGUUUCAAACCGCUUUACCUUUUGCGCUUCUUUCAAUUUCACCCAGUCUUUCUGCCCUUCAUGCUUCUCGAGCCCGUUCUCUAUACCCAGGAGAAUUUGACUCUUCAUCCGCGACGUAUUGUCUGCGAUGCGGUUCAUAUUUAUUGGCCGCCGAUGGUUCCCUAGAGCUCCGUCGACCGAGAAGAAGGAGAAAGGUUGCUGACAAGAAAUCAAACGCUCUCAAGAUUACCUGCCAUCGUUGCGGCUUUAUUUCCUAUUCAUCGAUUGAUAGGAGAGAGGCAUCCAGACAGUUGCCCAAGUCAGAGCCUACCACAGGAGAUAAAAUAUUACCACCAUCGCCGAUCCCUUCAGAGUCCAUUUUAGAUCGCAAACAAGAGAAUGAACGGAUCACAUCUUCGUCACGUUCUUCCGUGUCAGUUGGUUCAUCCCCUAUGGCACACCCCACACGAGGAAGCACUCCCGUUCUGCCCAAAAAGAAGACGAUAUUGCAGGAGAUGUUGGCUCGCAAUCGAGAGAAGGAGGCUGUAAGGACAAAAUCUCAGCAAAAGCCAUCACAAAAUGGCCUUGCGUCGUUUUUGAGUUCCUUAUAAGUAUAAAAAGG